UGAAUGGUUUACGCGUAGCACUCACUCACGUCCAUAGGCACUGCAAUGAGGGUCGUUGCGUGGUGUGCACCUAUGUAUGUAAUCAAGUCCAGGCAGUCGUGCAUGCCAUGCAGCCAUACAGACAAGCAGGUGCUCGCGCACUCACAUACAGUAGACACUCACAUGCAAUGCGUGCGUGCGUGCGGGGAAGUCAGCGUCGAUGGAUGACCUGCGCUCUUAAAGAGGAAGAGAAUAAACACCGACACCGCCACACACUCACGAGCAGACACACUGACCGACUCACAGAGAUCCCCAAGCAGCCAGGGUCAUGCAGCCGCGCACAGACAGACAGACAGACAGGCGUACUCACUCUUGCAUACACAGAUACAUUGGGAGGGCACAUAUCCCUGAAAGUGUUGGUAUGCAUCGCAUCUGGCACUCUCUCUAACUCUCUACUUACUUCGGCCAGCCCGGCUACUGCGUGCCCCCAUGCAGCAUAAGUAUGUUAUGUUGUGGACAGACACCAUGCACACGCAAACAGCGAUCGAUGUGUUUGUGCGGUCAUAUCCUUGCUGUCGAGAGGCCGGUUUUUGGUCUCACCAACGCCCUCGCGACACCGCCCUGCCCUAUUUGGCGUCGCGUCGCGCUCAGUAAGUAGGCACCCUACACACAAACAGGGCAGACAGCAGACAGCAGACAGGACCGACGAGCACGAGCAGGCAGGCAGACACAGAGAAGAAAUAAAACAACCAAAAAAAGCGACACCGACACACACGCAGGGCAGGGCAGGGCAGGGCAAACACAGCCAGACGAGCAGGCAGGCACACAGGCGGACAGACAGACACGCGAAAAGAUAAAGACACUGAAAAACCAAAGAAAGCGAGAGCGCCCUGUGCUGUGCUGUGUGUGGCCGGACCUUUGUUGUCCCAGCCGCCUAACCCUUUCAACCCAGAUCAAACCUCCUGGGUACGCACAUCUGUAUGCACAUCGCCCCCCCUCCCUCUCUCUCUCCCUCCCUCUACCAUGACAGCCAUUCUCGUGUUAACGUGGACUCACUCAGCUCAGCUCAGCUCAUCACCGUUCGUUGCGUCUGUCUACAGUGCCAACCAGCCAGGCCGGCCGCCAGCCCCCCCGCUAUGCCAUCGAGCCUCGUGUCCGUCUGAUGAACUCAUUCGCACCUACUGUACUGAUCCACACAUGUGACUAGAAGGAAGAAAACACGGCUACGAACGACGGACAGACGCACUCAGCCCACACCGACUUGACUUACAGCACCCAUCCAUCCAUCCAUCCAUCCAUCGCAGUCACUAGGCACGCUCGGACGGAUGGACAAGGGAGGGAGGUAUGGAUCGCUCCAUUCCUUACAACAGACGCAUCAGCAUCACGGCCGCCGCCAGGGAAGCGACAAGCGACGCCAUGCCCGUCGCCCUCACUGCCGCUGCCCCGCUGCUCAUGCCCCCGAACCCAAAACCCACACCAUCACCACCACGACCCGCCGCCUGGCCAGCUGACACUACCAGGGGGUCUUCCCCUACACACACACACACACACACAGAGGGAGAGAGUGUCCAUACGAAGGGGGAGGCAUGCACCGACCAGCGUCAGCUGACCUCUUCUGAGGCUUGAUGAGCUCGAGAAGAGCGUCUGCGGGGUGCCCGAUCCGAAGUCGGCCAGGCCGACGAGGUCUGAUGUGUUGGUGUCUGGGUCAUGCUCGCAUAUGUAGCGCCGCCUGGUGCCCCGGCACGACUCGACGCCCCACAGGCCCGCUGCCUCGGUCGUUGACUCGUCACGCGGCUGCAUCGCACCCACCACACCACCCACACCCACACACACACACACACAGAGGUGUAUUAGGGAGGGAGAGACGGUUGCGCAGUCUGACCCACCUCAAAAACGGCGCAGUAGACGCCCAUGUCGGUUUCCUUGUUGGCCUUUAGUGUGUCUACGUCGUGUGGGCCCCACUGCGUGGCCUCGAGGCUCGUGCCGUCCACUGCCACCCAACCAUUCUGGGAUGACAUGUCCUGCAUUGCAUGCACCAAAGGGCACUGACAAUCGGCGGAAGCGCGUUGUGCGCGUGCGAGAGACCUUUUGUAUUGAGGGCUUUGCAGCGGCUGUCCUGUUGGAGCCCAUGAGGCCGAUCCAGUAGCGGUUGCCGAGGGUCCCGCCCAUCGGCACCGCACACACGCCGCCAUCACCGUCGCAAAACAGAGACAACACCGCCUCAUUCUCCUCCUGCACACAUCCAUCCAUCCAUCCACACACACACCCCCAUCCACUGACCUUAGUGCCAACGGUGGCGAGGUGUCCGCCCUCCGCCUCGCAGGUGUCCUCUGCCUCCUGCCACUCCAUUGGCUCGAACCCCAGCCUGUAGCACUUGCUGCCCGAGUUGAAGUACCCCUUGGGGCAGCCCUCGGCGUCGCCAGCAGCUGAUGUGGCGAACCGGCCGGGGCAGGCAGCGGGGCCGGACACCACCUUCGGCAAGGCCGGGUGGGUGUAGGUGCUCACCUGAUGGAUGCAUGGAUGGAUGUGUGGUCAUGUAAGAGGUGUCUUCUGGUGCGUACCAGUGCGGCUUUCUUUGAGAUGGUGACCAGGUCGCUGGGUUGGAGUUCGGCUUUGGUGGCAGUGUCGGUGGCGGUGUCCGUGUCAUUGCCUGUUUCUGUGGCACCGCUUCUCUUCAUCAUGUUGCAGGUGGCGUCCUGGAAGCCGUAGAGCUGGCACUCGCCCAUCUGCGCACACAUCUGCUCGCACACCGACUCGCUGUCGGCCGCUAUCUCCAGCAACGCCGCGCUCUCCUUCUGCAUGACAACCACACCAUAUCAACAUCAACCGAUAUACCAUGGUGUGUCUGCAGGCAGGCAGGCAGGCAGGCAGGCAGGCAGAGAGGCAGGCAGGCAGGCAGGUUGGCUUACGUCUUUGUGCAAAGCGCAGAGUGACUGUGUCCAGGUGAAGAGCUCGCACUGGCCAUCCUCCUUGCAUAGCUCCUGGCACUCUUGGGGGGUCUUGGCGGUGCUCACGGACUUGACGGGGUCGCCCUGGUACGCAAACCCGGUGUCCACACACGUGCCAUCUGCACACACAUGCAGAGAGACAGACAGACAGACAGAAUGUGCGCAAGGCGGAAGGGGGAAGGAAAAGGCGGCCACGCCACUACCCCCCACUCACUGCAUGAUCUCGGUCCGGCGAAGAAGCCCUCCUUGGUAGCGACGUCCUUGACGUCCCACGACUUGAGGUAGCACCCGCCCCACUUGGGCGCAUACACCACGUGGAAACACGCGGGGUCGUCCGCACACAGGGCCUGGCAGGCCGCCGCGUCCUUGACCUCGGUGUUCUGCCCUCCCAUGCCCGUAGCCUUGAUCUCGGUGUCAGCCGACAGACAGGAAUAAUCUGAGCCCACCCAUCCCAUCAACACAACACACCUAGGGACGGUUGGUGCGUGUGUGGUGUCACCAAACUGACCUUCCUCUUCCUCGGUGUCCUCGGGGGACCAGUUGCAGGCGACCUUAAGGGCGCCCUUCAGGUUCGGCUCCUCAUUCUGAUUCACCCAACACACACACACACACACACAAAGAGAGGAGAGAGAGACAGAGACAGGGUGUCGACAAAGCGUCCAUCCCGAAUUUUUCUGUACCGUGACGUUGGCGGGCGUUGCGGGCCACUGCUUGAGCGCACAGGUGGCCUGGAGCAGGUCGGAGGCGUUGUAGACAUAGCCGCUGCAGAGCUCCUCUUGCUUGCACUUCUCCAUGCAGUCGGCCCGGGAGGCGGAGGGCUGCUCGGUGAUCGAGUCGAAGCGGUUGAUGUCAAACCCGUCCCCAAGCUCCUCGAAACACCAAUCAACUGACACCAUUCGCCCAUCCAUCCAUCCAUCCAUCCAGUGCGCUGCGUGCAUACCGCAGUAUUUCUCGCCCGAGACGGGCGUCAUGCCGUCGCCCCUGUCUUCGACUUUCUCCUCAUCGACAGUAGAGGCAAACAGGUGACAGGCCCCGAUGACCUCGGGCAGCUGUCUCCUUCGUACGCUGCCGGAUUCGGUGUCCGUGUCCGUGUCGGCGUCAAUGGCGUCAAUGUCGAGAUCGGCGACAUCGGUUGUUCCCUCCGCCGUCACUUUGGCCUGUGGGACCCAUGAGAAGUGGUCGCAGUGCUCGCUGGUCUGGCAGAGCUUGUGGCACUCGACCGCCGAGCUCGUCAUGGCCGGCUUGUCGCCGCCCUCGCUCUCGCCCUUAUACAGCACCCCCUGCUUGAAACACGCUGUUUGUGCUGCAUCCAGACGCACACACAGCACCGAGAGGGAGGGAAAGGCGUACUGUACUGUGUGUGUCGAUGAUGUGAUGCGGGCGGGAGACUGACUGGCAUCGGUCAGUCGGCCGACUGACCUUCCUGGUCUUGUUCGGGCGUUUCCCUCUUGUGCAUUGUGAAUUCGAUGUGUCCGUCUUUGACGUCCUUGCCGUCCACGGUGACGGUGUGGUUAUUGAGCUUGUGGUUGACACCCUUGCGCACAAACUGCACACGGUUCAGGCUGAUCGUGUAGUCACCCACAAUCCAACGGCCAUCUGACAAACACUCGACACACACACACACAGAAAGUGUUGCCGGCCGUCCUGUCUGUCUGUGCCCGCGUGUGUCGCACCUUCCCAGGCCUCUGUGAAAGUGUCGAAGUGCUCCGUCCACUUGGGGGUGAAUUUCUGCGCCAGCACGUCGUAGCUCUCCACCUUGACAUAGUCCACAAAGGCGCUCGAGGGAAGGCACUUCAUGUCGAACUUGCCGAACUCCUCAACGGCAUUGGGGCCGGGCGACCACAGGCUAAUAUAUAACUGCAUGGGCCGUCUGAGCGACCGCACCAAGUCGGGGUGCUCCUCGACCGUCAGCUUCCGCACCGUCACGUUGUUGAUGGCCCACACCACUCUGUCGGGGGUCCACUCUAUUUGGUACCUCUGGUAGUCGGCGGGCUUGGCUGCGAUGGUUUCGUUGACCAGAUGGGCCCCCAACACGUUCUCUGGCUCGCGCCCGAGACCUGGCGGCAUAGCAGCUGAAUGGUGAGUGGGUGGGUGGCUUGUGUGGUGACUUGUUGUGGUACCGAUGAUGAGGCUUGACAGUGCCUCGGGUGUCCCGUAGGCAUUGUUGCCCUUGCCGAGCACGGCGAAAUCAAUCUCCUGCCUGAAUGAACCAACACACACACAGACACAGACACAGACAGACACCGCUUUGCCCAGUGUCCCCUUUUCUCUCUCUCUUUGUCGCGGGCUCAGCUCAGCUCAGCUCAGCUCAGGUAAUUGAGCUGACUGACCAGGGGUGCCUGGGGUGUGUGGAGUUGGGGUAGAAGAGGAAGAACGACAUUAUCUGCCCGCUGCACGCCGGCGCCAUCAUCCUCACCUCGAAACGCCCGUACGAAAACGCCUCAUCGGUGGCGAUGGACCCCGCGCCCCACACCUUCUGGCACGUUCCCAGCGUCGUGUCGAAGAAGUACUCACCUCGCUCGUGCGAAUACGGGCACUGUGCGUGGGCUGCCGCCAGAAGGGCGGCCAGCAGGCCGACACGAUUGGUUGCCACAACCAUUAGUCGGUCACUGCGACUGGCGGCGGGAGUGUGCAGCUGCCGGGGUUCCUUAAGGGAGGGAAUUGCUCGCCCAGCCCAGAGC